AUGAACGGUGGGCCGGUGUGCUGCGUGUGGUUCUGGUGGAUCACUGCUCGACCUUCACUGCCCUCAUUCUCCCCCCCUUCAUCUCUUUUGCCUGUCAUGCUUGCCCUGCAGCACGGCGUAUCUGAACGGCGGGCCGGUGUGCUGCGUGUGGCUCUGGUGGAUCACUGCCUUCUUCGUUCGCACUGCCCUCAUUCAUUCCCCCCCACGACCUCUCGUGCCUAUCAUGUAUGGUGUUGGGCUUGCAGCACGGCGUAUCUCAACGGCGGGCCGGUGUGCUGCGUGUGGUUCUGGUGGAUCACAGCCUUCUUUGCCCACCUGCUCGCCCUCUCCUUUGCAGAAAUCGCCUCCUCCUUCCCUACAGCUGGCUCGCUCUAUUUCUGGGCGGCUGCUCUCGCCGGCCCUAAGUACGGGCCGUUUGCAGCAUGGAUCACUGGCUGGCUGGAGUUCGUGGGGGUGUCGGUGGGAGUGGGCGGAGUGGCGUUUGGGGGCAUCCAGCAGAUCAUGUCGCUCGUGCUGCUGGCCACAGGGCAUCUCACCACGGCUUGCCUUUCCCCUCGUAUUCCUUCCCCACCCACACCACGUGUGAUGAGUCUGUUUUUGAGUCGACUCAAAAACCCUUCUUCUCCCCGCUUCCCCCCUUCACCCGUUUCCAGGCCAUCCACCACGGCUUGCCUUUCCCCUCUUGUUCCUUCCCCACCCACACCACACCUCUCCUUUUCCCCCAUCUCCAGUGGAGCUGUACGUACGUCUUACUUACCCCUUUUCCCCCCCUCCCUUCCCCCCAUCACCCUUUCCGCCCCACUUCCUCCUUUCCCCGGUCCCCCAGUGGGCGCCAACGGGGGCGGAUGCGACUCCCUGCACUACCUGCAGUUUCUGUCAUGUGUGGCGUUCAUUCUGUGUGUGCCACUGCCACAUGUCUCUCGCUUCCCCCUUUUCCCCCAGGAGGCACCAACAGCGGCGGAUACGACUUCCUGCAUUACCUCAUGCAGUUUCUGUCGUGUGUGGCGUUCAUUCUCCUCUGUGCUGUACCCUUCUAUUCCAACUGCUUCCCCCCCAGGUGGCACCAACGGGGGGGGGGGGGGCUACGACUUCCCCCACUACCUGCAGUUCCUAGCCUGCGUGACGCUCAUUCUCCUCUGUGCUGUUCGUCUUUCCCUCCUAUCCCCCCUUCCCCCUUUCCCCAGGUGGCGCCAACGGGGGGGGAUAUCAUUUCCCGCAUUACCUGCAGUUCCUGUCGUGUGCGGCGCUCAUUCUGGUCUGUGCAGCAAUCAACGUGCUUCCCAUCAAGCGCGUGGGGCAAAUUCUGGCAGUCGGGACAGUGCUGCAGGUGAGGGAUAG